AUGUCUACGUUGUCCCCGGUUCUCCUGGUCCUCGGUGCAGGACCCAACGUGGGCGCAGCCGUGGCUAAAGCCUUUGCUGCCAAAGGCUACAAGGUCGCUCUCGCCUCUCGGAAGGCGAAGGAAGAAGAAAGCAGUCAGGACGAGCUUUACAUUUCCUGCGACCUAUCGGACCCCACCUCGAUCUCUGCCGUUUUCACAAAGGUGAAGGAAACACUAGGUGUGCCGAGCGUUGUGGUAUACAAUGCUGCUGCUGCUUCCCGGGCUGAUCUCCAGGACCCUCUUUCCAUGCCCUUGGCCGAGUUCAAUCAGGAAUUGAGCAUCAACACGACGAGCGUCUUUGCCGCUGCCCAGCAGGCCGCAAAGGGCUUUGCAGAGCUUCCGGCUGAGGCUUCGAAAACCUUUAUUUUCACAGGCAAUAUUUUGAACACGAAGGUCUUUCCACCGUUGUUGAGUUUGGGCGUCGGAAAGGCGGCUACCGCGCAUCUUAUUGAAUAUCUUGCCGGGGCUUACCCUUUUAACGGCUAUAAGUUUUAUUAUGCUGAUCAACGGAAGAUUGAUGGCUCGCCUAUAUACGUCGGGAUCGAUGGAGAGGCCCAUGGGGAGUUCUAUGUUGGCCUUGCGGAGCUGAAGUCACAGGGACACUGGCACCAGACAUUUGUUAAAGAUGUUGGAUAUCACCGCUUCUAA